AUGUCCUCCGUCGAAGAUAACUCUUCUGCAACAAAGAAGGAUGAUUCUCCGCAGUUAGUGACUCUGGUUGUUUCUCUUUACACCUUGUCAAGUUCCGACAAUCUUGGUUCCAUGAUCUCGUCGGUGUCGUUAAACGGGGAAAACUAUAAUGAAUGGGCAACGGAGAUGUUAAACGCAUUCCAAGCCAAACGUAAACUUGGUUUCAUCAAUGGGUCGAUUCCUAAACCAGCUGGUGACGAUUCCAAUUGGAGAAUUGACUUGAAGCAGCGUUUCUCGGUUGGGAACAAGGGUCGUGUUCAUCAACUCAAAAGUCAGCUCAGCGCUUGUCGACAAGAAGGACACACAGUCGCUGAAUACUAUGGCAAGUUGUCCACUUUGUGGGAGGAAUACCAAAUUUACAAACCUCUCACAGUUUAUUCGUGUGGUUUGUGCACAUGUGGAGCUACAUCUGCACCUGCAAAAGAAAGAGAGGAAGAGAAGAUUCCCCAAUUUUUUUUGGGACUUGAUGAAUCCAGAUUUGGGGGUCUUUGUGCUAAUCUUGUUGCCAUGGAUCCUAUUCCUUCUCUUGGUGAAGUGUACAGUAGAGUAAUUCGAGAAGAGCAACGUGGUCAUGAGAAACGAGACUGUUGGCAGCUCGUCGGCUUUCCGGACUGGUGGUCGGAGAGGAAUGGGAAGAGAAAUGCUGGUCGUGGUUCUGGUGGCCGAGGAAGAGGUCGUGGUAUUGCCUCCAACGUCGGCGGUCGUAGACAUGGUCAAUCUGUUACAGCACACGCUACUAGUUCUAAUCCUUCUGGGUUGCCUGAAUUUACACAAGAACAAUUGAAGGCUUUCACUCAGUUCAUUCAAGGAAAUUCAAGCAAUGGCACUGCUGCUACUAAUAAUUCGAACAAGUUUUCUGGUAAGAUCACUUUUGGCAAUGUUAUUUUGGAUACUAGAGCUUCUCAUCACAUGACAGAGACUCUUUCUUUGUUGACCAAUGUGGUCUCUAUUCCACCAAGUCCGGUUGGAUUUGCUGAUGGGAGUAAAACUUUUUCUAUAAGCAUGAGAUCUUUUCCACUCUCCAAGGAUGACCGUUUUUCGAAGACUAUGAUUGGAACCGGUGAAGAGCGUGAUGGUGUGUAUUAUCUUAUGGAUGUGGCUACAAUGAAUUUUCAUAUGGCUAGCUUGCCUAUCAAGUUUUGGGGGGAAGCCAUUCUUACUGCAGCAUAUUUGAUCAAUCUUACACCGUCUUCUCUUCAUUCUGGUCGCAGUCCUUUUGAGUUGCUUCACGGUUUCAAACCUACCUAUGACCAGCUUCGUGUUUUUGGACACAUAAUGAUACAAGGGCUAGCUUGCCUAUCAAGUUUUGGGGGGGAAGCCAUUCUUACUGCGGCAUAUUUGAUCAAUCUUACGCCGUCUUCUCUUCAUUCUGGUCGCAGUCCUUUAGAGUUGCUUCACGGUUUCAAACCUACCUAUGACCCGCUUCGUGUUUUUGGUUCCGCAUGCUAUGUUCAUCGUCUCAGUCGAGACAAAGAUAAAUUUGGUCAGCGUAGUCGUUUGUGUGUUUUUGUUGGCUAUGCUUCUGGCAAGAAAGGUUGGAAGGUCUUUGGUAUUGAAAGGAAUAAGUUCCUUGUGUCUCGGGAUGUGAUCUUUCAGGAAGAAGUUUUUGCUAAUGCGUCACCGGUUUCUACGUUACCUCUUGUGUCGGAUUCUCAACCAUCCGGUGAUGAUGAUUGGUUGGUAACUACUACAGAUGCAUGGGGGAGCUCUGCUCCUAGUUCUCCGGAUUCUGCUGUCCAAGACAUUGCUCUUGACAACUCUUUAACCGGUGGUCCCGCUGUUCUACCCUCCACUGUUGUUCCGGUUGUUCCUCCUACAGUUGAUCCUCCUAGUCUUCCUCUUGCUGACCAGGCUGUCUCUGCUCCGUUACUGACUGUGUCGGCUUCUCCACAAUGUCAAAGCCAGCGUUCUUCUAAGCCUCUUGCUCGUCUUAAUGAUUACAUCCUCUAUAACGUUAAUUACAAACCAUCAUCCUCUACUGCUCUUCCCUACUCUUCUUCAACGUCUUCAAUCUCGGUCCCAGGUAUCUCUUUGUCUCCUUUCAUGGAUUUUGUUUCUGAUGAUGAGUUUUCAUCGGCUCAUCGUGUUUUUCUUGCGGCUGUUACUAACAAUAAUGAGCCUAAACAUUUUAAAGAGGUUGUUCAGAUCAAGGUGUGGAAUGAUGCAAUGUAUAAGGAGGUUGAUGCUCUUGAACUGAACAAAACAGGGGAGUUGGUUGAGCUUCCUCCUAAUAAGAUUGCUAUUGGUUGUCAGUGGAUUUAUAAGACAAAAUACAAUGAUGACAGUACUGUGGAACACUACAAGGCUAGACUUGUUGCUCUUGGUAAUAAUCAGGUUGAGGGGGAGGAUUACAAAGAGACUUUUGCUCCUGUUGUUCGUAUGACUACAGUUCGCACUCUCCUUCGUCUUGUUGUGGCUAAGAAUUGGGAGGUUUAUCAGAUGGAUGUUCACAAUGCAUUCUUACAUGGGGAUCUUGAUGAGGAGGUCUACAUGAAGCUUCCUCCGGGUUUCCAUCAUUCUCAUCCAGGAAAGCGUAAGUACGCUCUUGAUAUUGUUGCUGACACUGGGGACUUUGGUUCUCGACCUGUUCACACUCUUGUGGAACAGAAUCAUCACCUCGCUAUUGACGAUGGUCCUGUACGCUCGAAUCCCAAGUCGUAUCAGCGUUUAGUGGGUCGUUUGCUGUAUUUGUUACAUACACAGCCUGAGUUGAGCUACUCUGUUCAUGUCUUGGCUCAGUUUAUGCAAGAGCCACGCGAAGCACAUAUGGAGGUAGCUAUGCGUGUUGUCCGUUACUUAAGUGGCUCGCCUGGGCAUGACACUUUGCUUAAGUCAUCUUCUGAUUUGUCCAUUGAGGUUUAUUGUGAUUUGGAUUGGAGUUCUUGUCCGCUUACACGUCGGUCGCUUAGUGCCUAUGUUGUUCUGCUUGGUGGUAGUCCUAUUUCGUGGAAGACAAAGAAGCAGAAGACGGUUUCUCAUUCUUCCACAGAGGCCGAGUAUCGGUCUAUGUCUUUUGCUCUUAAGGAGAUUAAGUGGCUUCGUAAGUUGUUAAAGGAGUUAGGUAUCAACAACGCUGCGCCAGCUCGCCUGUUUUGUGAUAGUAAAGCUGCUAUUUAUAUUGCUUCGAAUCCUGUUUUCCAUGAGCGCACCAAGCACAUUGAAAAUGAUUGUCAUGCUGUUCGUGAUGCGGUUCGUGAAGGAGUGAUUGUCAUGCAACAUGUUCAUACGACUGAGCAACUCGCCGAUAUCUUUACAAAGGCUCUUGGUCGUGAUCAGUUUCAUUACAUUCUGUCCACGUUGGGCGUUCGUGAUCUUCACACUCCACCGUGA